AAAGGCCACAAAACAAAAGAGUGAGGCGAGAGAGAGAUAUACUCAUUCAUAUUUUUCUCACACCUGCACACACCACACACUUAAAAAAAAAUCAACAUUUUCUUAAAAAAUUCGAUUUUUCUAAGAGUUUUUUCAUCUUCUUUCUCCCCCCUUUCUGUAUCAUCCCGCUUCUUUGAUCCCUUUCUGUAAACCAUCUGUGUAUUUUCAAGAAGGUUUUCUGACUUUUGAGUUUGUGUUUUUGAUGUUUUUUGAACAAAGAAAUGGAGAAAAUGCAAGCUUUUAAUUAGACGAAAUAUUUUCUUAUAAGCCAGGUGUUUUCAGAAUCGAGAUCUAGUAAUAAUUAACUCAGUAUAGUUUCAGACCUUUUUUUCUUUCUUUCAAAAUCAGCUUAGAGGGCUUAUUAGUUGUCCCUCAAAGGUUGAAUUUUUUUUCCUUUUAAUCACAGGAGAAAAAAGAGGUUGUUAUUUGAAGACCUCUUUGAUAUCCAUUUUUCUGUUUAUAUAUUUGUAAUCAAAAUCACUCACCUGUUUUCUUUUAUUUGACAAGAAACAGGUUACUUUUUUUAACUUUUUUUGUGAACAGGUAUUUUAGGUAAUGGCAGCAGCAAUGGAUUUUUGGAAUAGUACACCUGUAGAUGUUCACUCAACAUCAGAACCUAUUACUUCUGGUGGUGAACUAAUGGAAGCACUUGAACCUUUUAUGAAAAGUGCUUCUUCUUCUCCUUCUAAUAAUUUCCCCCCUCCUAUUUCUCCUUCUUCUACUUUUUCCUCUCCUUUCCUUUCUUCUGAUUUCCACUCUUUUCCUUCAUUUCCUACUCCUACCAUUUCAUAUCCUUACACUUCUUCUUUUUACCAAACACCACCUCAACCUAUGGGCCCAGAAUCUUGUUCCACUUCCACAACGAACGAAGCCCAAAUCAUUUCAACUGGGUUUUCGGGUUAUGGAAUGGAGCAUCCAGGCUCAAUCGGGUUGAAUCAAUUAACCCCAGCUCAGAUCCAACAAAUCCAAGCCCAAAUCAACUUCCAAACCCAACAACAACAACAGAUGAUAUUCCACAAUGGGUCCCACCACCAUGCUUCUACCAUGAACUUGUUGGGCCCAAAGCCCGUUCAAAUGAAGCAAUCCGGCUCUCCACCAAAGCCCACUAAGCUCUACAGAGGCGUUAGACAACGCCACUGGGGAAAGUGGGUAGCUGAGAUCCGAUUGCCCAAGAACCGAACCCGGCUUUGGCUUGGCACCUUUGACACUGCUGAAGAAGCUGCGUUGGCCUACGACAAGGCGGCGUAUAUGCUACGUGGCGACUUUGCUAGGCUCAACUUCCCCCAUCUCCGCCACAACGGCUCCCUUAUCGGCGGCGAAUUCGGAGAGUACAAUCCAUUGCAUUCCUCUGUUGAUGCUAAGUUAAAGGAGAUUUGUGAGAGCUUGGCCCAGGGGAAGAGCAUUGAUUCUAAGAAGAAGAGGACGUCCAAAGGGUCUUCAGCGGCGGCGGUGGUGAAAAUGGAGGAAGAAGAGAGCAAGGUGGCCGAAGGUGGAUCCGAGAGUGACGGUUCGGGUUCCGGGUCGGGUGGAUCAUCGCCCGUAACUGACCUGACAUUUCCGGAGUUUACUGAGGAAGAGUCAACGUGGGACAUGUGUUCGGAUAAUUUAAUGUUACAGAAGUAUCCAUCUCAUGAGAUUGAUUGGGCCUCUUUAUAAAACAAAAAUAACUAAAGCAUUUCAGUUCAGGUCUAAGAGUCUUAUGUAAUAUUGUUUUGUUUAUAGUUGUUAAUGAUGUAUUUUAGUUCGCAUUAGGAAAGGGGGCAGCUACUGCAAUGGAGUUUUUGGCAAUUGCAGGGCUAGUCCUUAGUUGGAUUUAGUAGGGUAUCCUAUUGUAAUAAUGGGGUCCAUUUUGAGUCGAUCUUUUAGGUUUAAUCCUAACUGGUCAGCCGGUGUUUUUGUCUUGGCCAGGCCAGUGGAUUUGAUGCUUUGUCGUUUGUACUCUUUCAUUAGUGUCAAUAUUUCUAGUUGUAACCCUCUUUUAGCAGUA